AUGUUGCCCGAUAGGUUUGUCAAAAAAUCGCCGCCUCCACUUUCACAGCAUAAAAGACACAGUGAAAAUGAGCAGCAACAGAAAAAACAACAACAAUUAUUCGCCAAUCCAUAUUCAUUGGGACAAGAAUCAUCGUUUAUUUCUUCAAGUAAUAAUCAUAAUCAUAAUAAUAAUAAACGAUAUCGUCCAACAGAAACUCAAUCCUUAACACGUGCAACCGAUUUUCAUCAUAAUCGGCAAUAUCCAACGAAAUUACAAAUUUUUCAGCCGUCAGUUACAAAUAAUAAAGAACAACAAAAACAAAAUAAAACUACAACAUGCUAUGAAUAUGAAUAUGAACUUGAAAAACGACGACGUUCAUCAUCUGAAAAUAAUAAUCAACAAUAUAGAAAUGAUUUGAAUAUUCACCGUGAAUCUCUUGAUUGUCUCAAUGAUUUAACAGAUGAAUAUAAAAUAUUACCCCGAGAGAAUAAUUCUUUAAAUAAUCAAAAAAAUAAAACUAUGUAUGAAACAAAACAACAAGAUCAACAUAGUGAAGGCGUUUAUCGUUGUCUGCCAAAAUCUGUAAGUCGCACAGAAGAUCAAACUACUUAUCAACAUUCACUUUCGGAAAAUUUACUUUAUAAACAGUUAAAACCCCUUGUAAAAACAGUCUUAACAUUAAGUGUCGAUAAUAUAAAAACAUUAGAUUAUUCUCUUCAACAUCAACAACGUUUAGUAAAACCUAUUCAUAUUCACUCGUCGACAAAUUCGGUUCCAGAUGAAACAAGUAUUAAGUAUGUUCGAGCUGAACGGUUACCCGUUGAAGCUGUUUUAUCAAAAUCUCAAAUAACAAAAACGCACGGAGGUCAUUCAUCAACUGUUGUCAAAGAUGUUCGAUAUGCAUGUCGUGAAGUAACAACCAAUAUUCAUCAGCCACUACGGCGACGAACCAUUGAAGGUCAACAUGAAUUACGUGUUUUUGAUAAACCAAUUACAUCAGGAACAAUACAGCCUGUCGAAUCUACCAUUUUUAAACCUAUUGAAACCUUACCUAUGAAGCAUUCAUCAAUAAAUAUUACUAGAUCUGCAAGAGGUGAUCGUUUUCAUACUGUCGAUAUAGGUAGUACAUUAACACAUCAACGUACACAGUCUGGCCCAUACGAUUUACAUAAUAGGUUCGGAUCCAUUCAAUCAAAUUUAUCGAAGAAAUCAGUAGAAUUCUCACUACCUACAUCAACACAUCAUUCAUCAACAAUAGUGAAACUAAAUCGUACACCAGCAUCAAGUGUUUUUCUUGAUAAGGUACAAACACAAAUAAAAGGUCAACGUGAAGUACGUUUUGCUGAUCAACCAAUUCAACCAGGCUCAGCUAAAACCGUAGAAUCUGUUGUACCGAAAUCAAUUAUGAAACAACUUGAACAUACAACAACAAUCGUUACUGAAAAACAACCAUCUCGACGUGUUUUAGAAAUAACAGGUAGUGGGAAAAAAACAAAAGCUGAUAUGAUGCAAUUAUUAAUCGAAAAACCAACACUACCAGCUGAACAUAGUUCAACAAUCAUUAAAGGACAACCACAAAGCUUUACCAUCGGUCAAACGCAACCAAUUCUUGGUCAACACGCAGUAAACUAUUAUGAUCGUCCUAUUGAAUCGUACGAUGAAAUGGAAGGUCUAUUUUCUAAACAAAAUAUAGUUCAGCAUUCACAAGAAGGUGAACAUCAAGUAACAUAUAUUAAACAAACACGACCUAAAUAUGAACCCGUUGAAUUAGCUUUUAAACGACCAGUAAUCUUACCAAGUGUAUCAAAAUUAAUUGCUGAUAUCCCAGCAUCAACACAAAUAACAUCUAUAAAGCCGACAGAAAUUCUUUUAACAGAAGAUAAUUCAUAUAAACAAGAUCGAGAAAUAAAUAAUGUAACACGUUAUCAACAAUUUGAUGAAAUGGAACUUAUUCUUGACAAACCAUACGUAUACGAUAGUUCAGCGACAUUAAUUGCAAAUAUUCAACCAGAUUUUGAAUUGAAAUUAAUACAACAAAAAAUAAAUAAAGAUGAAGAAUCCAAAGAAUUUCAUCAACAUAAAUCAUAUAUUGAAGAGAAUAUUCAAUCUGAAUCAAUUUUUCAAAGACCAUUAAAAGGGACUCCGCUUAUGCAACAACCCAUUGAAGAAUCUAGUACAAAUUUAACAAUGAAAUUGAAUACAGAUCAACAAAUAAAACCAUUUGAGUUAAUCCUUCCACGUCUUGAUAUUGAAUCAUCAGUAAGUACGAUUGCUGGUUUACAUACGAAAAUUGAUGUACCAUCAAAUAUCGAAAGAUCGUCAUUCAAUGGUCUAAUCGAACGAAAGAAACUUACAGAUAAUGAGAUUGAAUUAAUCGUGCCCAAACCAAAAUAUAUCGAUAAAAGCACAUCAACAUUGAUAGCUGAUGUGCAAGCUCAACUGGAAACAAAAGAAAUACGGCCAAAUGAAAUUCAACCUGAAAUAUCAUCAGCAACGGUUUUUUUUGAUGAAACAACAGAAUAUAUCAUACCCGAAUCUGUUGAAAUACGUAUGAAACAACCGAUUGUUCAGAAUAGUUCAACAACGCUUCUUGCUAAUGCACAAUCAGCAUUAGAUCCAAGAACAAUUCAAAUACAAACAAACACAAAUCAAUCAUUAGAACAAAGUGCAUCAGCAGUUUCAUUUGAAAUACGAUUUCAACAGAAUCAACUGUCUGAAGUUGAACUUGUCCUUCCUCGUCCACCAAUACAAGAGAGUAUAUCUGUCAUGUUAACUGAUAUUCAUUCAACACUUGACACAUCACAAAAACAUAUAAUCAUUCCACCACCCCCUCAACACCCUAUAGAAUCGAGUAGUCAAUUUAUCUUAGAACAAGGUAUCGAAAGUCAACAGGAACAAUCGUAUGGUCUACCAACAAUUCAUGCUGACUUAAAUCAACCCGUCGAAUUUGUCUUUAAUGUUGAAGAUGGAAAUGCGUCGACAAUAUCUCAACAAUAUAGACAAGAUUAUAAUACAAGAAUGUUGACGAGUGCUACGAAUGGAACAGAUAAAAUGUUAUCAUUAGAAAAUUCAGCACGUCAAUUUAAACCCAUUGAAUUUGUUGUAUCAGGUGGUUUAAGUGGGUUUAAUAAUUCGAUUGAAAACUAUGCAACUGUUGGCGAUGGUAGUUAUACAACAACAACAACAACAAAACGAACCAUAACAUCAUCAGAUACAGGCGGAUAUAGUGAAACAACAAAUCGAUCGGUUAUUCGUGGCAUAAGACCAUAUGAUCAAGUCGAUUUAGUUUUACAACCAGACAGUUCAUUAUCAUCGAUAUCGAAAGUUUUAACCACAAAAGUUGGUUUAGAUUCAAAUCAUGCACCAUAUUUUUCUCUGUCAUUACAUGAUCAAACCGCACGAGAAGGCGAGUCGGUUCUUUUCGAAGUUGUUGUCUCUGCGCAACCGUCAGCCGAAAUUGUUUGGGAUAAGGAUGGUACAUUAAUUGGAGAUGAUUCAGCAUUUCGUCUCGACUAUUAUGGUGAUGGUCGUACAACACUUUAUAUACCCGAAGCAUUUUUUGAUGAUCAAGGCAAUUAUACAUGCACAGCAACAAAUUCACUGGGUACAUGUCGUACAACAGCACGUCUUACUGUUGAUUCAACCGGAGAAGGUUCAGCACCAAAACGCCGUCAUAUGAAUGAUUCAUCAGUAGUUUAUUAUGAACAAGGACCAAGACAAACAUUCGAAUCCUAUCAUCUUUAUUCGCAACCAUCAAGAACAAUAACACAAGUUACUGAAGAAACUGAAAUUUAUCAAAUACCAUCUGAACAACAACACAAUGAAAAAAAAUAUUCAAUUUAUGGAUCACAACCUAAAUUUCAACCAGUUUCAUUUUUAGUUUCAAGUACUCCAGAAAAUCAACAACAACAACGCAACAGUGGUCUGGUAGCGACUGUAGCUAAACAAGCAGGUCCUACAUAUUCACAAUAUCAACAAUACGUAUCUCAUGAACCUGAGCAUAUGCAAACAGAAUCAACUACAUCUAUGAUCCGUUAUGCUUAUUCUCAUGAGCAACCUACUUCAACUUCAUAUAUUACUACAAAACCAAAUUUUACAAAGCCAUUGGAACCUAUCGAUGCACUCGAAGGUGGAACUAUUCAAAUAACAGUACAUUUAACUUCUUCUGGUCCUCAACAUAGUCGACCACAGAUUCAAUGGUAUCAUCAUUCUCAACCGAUUGUACCUGAUAAUAUACAUUAUCGUAUAAUCGACGAACAUGACACUUCAACAUUGGAAAUUAUUAAUAUCACAAGAGGCGAUACUGGCCAAGUAUGGUGUGUUGCUACUACUCCAGCUGGAUCAGCAACUACAACUUGCGAUAUUAAUGUUGCAGAAAAUCCUGCUCGAACCCAUCAUCAUUUGAGAACAUCGCAUCAAGUCGUACCUCAAGAAACAGUGUAUAAAACUCAAGCAACUCAUUUAAGUCAUGCACAAAUUCCUCUUCAUCAUCAACAAUAUGAACAACAACAACAACAACAACAACAACAACGGGUACCAUCUCAUUUCUAUACCACACAAACGAUUACUCAACAGCAAACCUCUCCCCAAUUAUAUACUCCUCUCUCAUCUCAAACAUCUCAUUCAUAUGCUUCGCCAGCAUCGUCUCUACAAUCACAAUAUGUAACAUCUCAGAAUGUAACACCUCAAUCAUUUGUUCCUCAAGCUCCUCCACUUUUGCCUAAUUAUACUUCUCGAGCAAAUUAUUCGGAUCAACACCCUAAAAUAAUCAAUGGCGGUUUAAAAGAUCAACCUUUAUAUGUAGGAUCCGAUACUGUCUUCGAAUGUCAAUUUACUGGACAUCCUGAUAAAAUACAAUGGUUUCACAAUGAUGUUGAAAUCCUUUAUAAUUCUCAGCAAUUAAAUAAUAGAGUUUAUCAUAUAACUAAUCCAACGAAUGGAACAAGUCGACUUAUUAUACGAUCGACAACCAAUGAAGACGUUGGAACGUAUACAGUCAAAAUUUCUGGGCCCAAUGGCGAAGAAAUAUCAAGUGCAAAACUUAUACCAGCUACACAAUUUGAAAAUAUGCAAAAGAAAAAAGUUGAACUUACACAACGUAAAGCACUUGUUCAUGAACUUGAAGAAAAACAAAUAAAACGUAUGCGACCAUCAAGAUCAGUAGGACCACGUAGUAGUUUUACUUCAUAUGGUACAAGCGAUGACGAUGUAUUCUAUGAACCGACUCAACGAGCUGCUGCUCCAUCACGACAAUUAACAGCACCAACGCUUAGUCGGCCAUUACAAGAUUCUAAUGUCAAAGAAGGUCAACCUAUUAUAUUAACAUGUCAAGUGCAAGGUUUUCCAAAAUCUGAGCUUUUCUGGUUUAAAAACAAUGCUCCAUUACCAUUAUCAGCACGACAUAAAAUUGCCUAUGAUGCUGGCAGUGGUACUAUUACAUUGCGCAUUAAUGAUUCGCGACCAGAAGACAGCGGGACAUAUGCAAUUGUUGCAAAAAAUCCUCAAGGUCAUGUGCAAACAAACGCUUACAUUGAUGUCGAACAAACACCUGCCAUUGAUGAAACGUCCUAUGUACAACCAGAUGCAUUUAAAUACAUUGAGAAACAACCAACAGGUCCUCGUCCAUUUAAAGGACAUCGAGACUCAGAUACAUCAAAUUUACAACAAAAACCAGCAAAAAUUCUUAAAACACCAAUGAAUACUUCGAUACUUGAAGGUGGUACAGUACAAUUUAGUUGUCAAGUUGAAGGAAGCCCAAAACCGAAAAUUGUUUGGUUAAAAGAUAAUAAACCGUUAAUGGCUGGAAAACGUUUUUCAACAUAUUUUGAUCAAACAACAAAAACGUCUGUUUUACGUAUAACUGAUGUAUGUAAAGAUGAUCAAGGUUAUUAUACUUGUAUUGUUGAUAAUCCGCUAAAUUCGGAUCAAAGUACAGCCACAUUACAAGUUAUUCCUGAAUCAAAAAUAGACCAAAGAUCAUAUGUCGAAACAGACGCAUUUAAAUAUUUAACACCAGAAAAUAAACAACCCAUUGCAUAUAAUAAAGACUAUGAUCGAAGUGGUGUUGAAAGUGAAUACUUUGUCAAUCCAGACGCAUUUCGUUAUUUGGAAGCUAAAAAGCCAUCAAAACAAAAUGAUGAUAACUUAACAAUUGAUGAUAGACCAAUUGUUGACGUUGAUGCUUUUCGUUACCUAGAAGCACGACAAGCAGCAAAAGUAAAGAAAGACGUUGAUGUUCGAGCAUCAAUCGACGAUACACCACUCGUUGCACCAGAUGCAUUUCGAUAUUUAGAACGAAAAGUUGAUGCCGCUAGAUUAAAAAAAGAUCAAGACACAGGUCCAGCAGUAGAUGAAACACCACAAGUCGAUUUAAAUGCAUUCUUGUAUUUGGAACGAAAAGGAAUACCACAAAAUUUUCAGCGUCCAGAACCAAGUGUCGAUGAAUCAUCUAUUUCUAAUCCAAGUGCAUUUAUAUAUUUAGAACGUAAACCAACCAAAAAACCUGAUGACAAUGGUCCAACAGUUGAUGAAACACCAAUUGUUAAUCCAGAUGCAUUUCGUUAUUUAGAACGAAAAGUUGUACCACAGGCACGCGAUACAACACCAAACGUUGAUACAACGCCAAUAGUUAAUCCAGAAGUAUUUCGAUAUUUGGAACGACCUAAUCUACCUAAUCGAGUUGAUGAAGGUCCUACAGUCGAUAAUCGACCUAUUGUGCCACAAGAAGCAUUUCGUUGGCUUGAACGUCCAAAACCUGUGCAACGUGCACCAGAAGGACCAUCCGUUGAUGAAAGUACAUAUGUUAAUCCAUUAGCAUUUCGUUAUAUUGAAGCAAAACCAAAGAAAAUUAUUGAUCAAGGACCAAAAGUCGAUGAAAGUUCAUAUGUGAAUCCGCAAGCGUUUAUAUAUCUCGAGGCACCCAUAUUGAAAACAAAAACUAAUGAAGGACCAGCUAUUGAUACAUCGACCUAUGUUAAUCCAGAGUUAUUUGUCCAAUUUGAUCAAAAACCUGCUGCUCAACCAAAACAGGAGGAACAAGAAAUCAAACGAUCACCAAGAGUUAUUCAACCAUUGAGAAACACACAAAUUCAUGAAGGAAAACCUAUAGCACUAGUUGCUAUUAUUGAUGGUUAUCCAACACCACAGUUAACAUGGCUUAAAGAUGGGGCUGAACUACCGGCAUCAACUCGUGUAACAACGAAUUAUGAUAUUUCAUCAAAAACUGCAUGGGUUCGUAUUGAUAGUGCUCGACCAGACGAUAGCGCCGUAUAUACAGUUAUCGCUCAUAAUCCAGCUGGUGAUGUACGCAGUGAUGCUCGUCUUAAUGUUGUACCUAGUAUGACACCCAUUGAUGAUACAGCAUUUGUACCAGCUGCAGCAUUUUCAAAAAUAGAACGACCUACAUCACAAAAUCGUUCAAAUGUUCCUGAAACAACAGGUGUUGAUGAUACAUCUUUUAUUAAUCCGGAACUAUUUCGACAAUUUGAAGUAUCUCUUAAACAGCCAGAAUAUUACACUGAUGAAGUCAUUGUUCAAGUACCAGCACGCAUUCUAGCGCCAUUAAAAUCUGUACACGCACCUGAAAGUGUUACAGUAGUUUUAGAAGCUAUUGUCGACGGUACUCCGAUACCAACAUUUACUUGGUUAAAAGAUCAAUUACCAUUGAGUGAUAGUAAUCGUUUUGUAAUCAACUAUGAUUUGCCUAGUAAACGUGUUACAUUAACAAUAAAAGAUGUACGUGAAAGUGAUGCAGGAACAUAUACAUUAUUAGCAUCGAAUGGUCCACAACUUCAUAAUACAUCAGCUAAAUUACAAAUUCUUGGUGCACCUUCAGUUGAUCAAUCAUCAUUUAUAUCAAUCGAUGCUUUUAAACAAUUGGAACAACCUCUAAAACAACCACAUCGAAUACAAGUCCAACCAGGUGUUGAUCAAACAUCGUAUGUUUCUCAACCAGAUCGUUUUGCUGUAUUCGAUCAAAUACAACCAAAUCGACGACCAUUAAAUGAAUUUGGUGGUGUUGAUGAAACACCACUUGUUAAUUUGGAGAAAAUACAUUUAUUAGAAACUCCAUCAAAACAAAAUAAACAACCAUAUGACAUCGAAGAAAAAUCGCAAGCACCAUCAGUUUUAGCGCCUAUCCGAUCAAUUAAUGCUCCAGAAAGUACUCAUGUUGUUUUAACAGCAAAAAUUGAUGGUAGUCCAAUACCAACCUUUACUUGGUUCAAAGACAAUGCACCAUUAGUCGCUUCAUCUCGUUUUACAACUCAUUAUGAUAUUCUAACAAAAUUAAUUAUGUUACAAAUCAAUGAUGCUCGACCUAAUGAUACAGGUGUUUACACAGUUCGAGCAGAUAAUCCAUCCGGUAAUGUUUCAACAUCGGCUACACUUAAUAUAUCAAGUUUACCAUCGGUGCGCGAUCAAGCAUUUAUUUCAGCAGAUAAAUUCGAUCGUCUUGAACAAUCAAAUCAACCACGUUUUAUUGAAGGCUUCAGUGGUGUUGAUGACCGUGCACUUGUUGAUUUAACAAGAUUACAACAAUUAGAAAUCAAACCAAACCGAAUUAUACCGGAAGAAGAACAUGCUGAACAAUGUCGACCAACAGUUCUUGUACCACUUCGUCAUGUUCAUGCAGUUGAAAAUCAACCAGUUGUUUUAUCGGCACAAAUUCAAGGCAAACCGCAACCACAAUUUACUUGGUAUAAAAAUAAUCAACCGCUCAGCGAAGGAAAUCGUUUUCGUACACAUUAUGAUAUGCCAUCAAAAACAAUAUUUCUUACGAUGGCCGAUGCACGUGAUGAUGAUACCGGUGUAUAUCGUUUAGUAGCACAAAAUCCAUUGGGACAAGAUGAAACAUCAUGUAUGGUCAAUGUUGAUUUAAAUCAGCCGCUUAUUGAUCGGCGUUCAUUUGUACCUCAAACAGCAUUUGAACAAUUAGAAAAACCUACAUAUAGAAUAAACGAUGUGCAAAGUGGUGUUGAUCAAACAAGCUUCUUUGAUCAAGAAUUGUUUCGUCCAUUCGAUGAACACCAUAUUAAACAUCCAUCAGCUAUUGUUGGCGGCGAAGAAAGUGAUGCAGUUAUGCCAAUAACUGCACCAAAAGUUGUUACACCACUUCGUCCAGUAACAAUGCCCGAAGGUGAAACUGUUGUUUUAACAACACAAGUUGAAGGUUAUCCAUUACCACAAUUUACAUGGAUGCUUAAUAAUCAACCAUUAAUGGCAUCGAAUCGUGUUACAUCACAUUAUGAUAUGUUAACAAAACGUUGCUUUUUGCAAUUAAUUGAUAGUCGACCAAAUGAUUCGGGAACAUAUGAAUUAGUAGCUGAAAAUCCAGCUGGUCAAGAUCGUACAAAAACAGAAUUAACUGUCGUACCUGUAUCAAAAAUUGAUCAAACUGGCUAUGUACCGUAUGAUAAAUUUUCAACAUUGGAAUUCAAACCACGUAUUCCAAGUGAUCUUCGUUCGGGUGUCGAUGCAACACCAUUUGUUAGUGGAGAAAUAUUUCGUUUAUUGGAAACAAAACCAGUUAAUCAACAACAUGUGCCAGAAAACGAACAAAGUUUACCAUUAGAAGUUAUUAUACCAUUAAAAUUAGCUGUUGCACAAGAAGGACAACCUGUUAUAUUAACAACUAAAAUACGUGGUAGACCAGUACCACAAUUUACUUGGCUUCGUAAUAAUCAACCACUAAUGGAAUCAACGCGUUUUCAAACACAGUAUGAUUUUCCAUCAGAAACACUUGUACUUGAAAUUAGUGAUAUUUGGCCACAUGAUUCAGGUACCUAUACAGUGAUUGCUCAAAACCCACGAACAGGUGAACGAGUUGAAACAUCAGCUCCAUUAGUCGUACGCAGUGACACAACACCUGUUGAUCAUACAGCAUUUGUAGCACCAGAUGCAUUUCGAACAUUAGAAUCAGGACCUAAUCUACGUACAGUUUUCGUUGAACCAGGUGUUGAUACCAAUAGUUUUCUUAGCCCUGACGCAUUAAAAGCAUUAGAUCAAGGUAAACCCAAACCAACGGGUGAACAAGAAAAGGAGCAACCACGAACACCACCGAAAGUUAUUAUUCCAUUAAAACCCAUUAACUGUAAUGAAGGACAACCAAUUAAUUUUACAGCAAAAGUUGAAGGAAAUCCACAUCCAACAUUUACAUGGUUUAAAAAUAAUCAACCACUUCAAGAAUCCAAUCGACUUUGGUCACAUUAUGAUGUACCUAGUAAAACAGUUCUUUUACAAGUAAAUGGUGCUCGGCCAGAUGAUAGUGGAACAUAUACGCUUGUUGCAAAAAAUCCACUUGGUCAAGAUCAAACACAAACACCAGUAAAUGUCUCAUUUGGUCCAGCAAUUGAUACCAAUGCAUUUGUUUCUCCAGAAAAAUUUGCUGCUUUUGAUCAACCUUUUGGUCUACGUGCACCACUACAAUCAGGUGUUGAUACAACUCCAUUUGUACAACCAGAACGCUUUGCACAAUUAGAAGUGAAAGCACCAGUUCCAACUAAAGAAGAUUUGGAACAUAUGGAAGCACCAAGAGUUAUUACACCUUUACAAAGCGUCCAAGUUAAAGAAGGGUCGCCGGUUCUUCUUCAAGCAACAAUUAUUGGAAAACCGAGACCUAAUUUUGUCUGGUUGAAAGAUGGUCAACCAUUGCCUACGUCAACUCGUCUUCGUACUCGUUAUGAUAUUGGUACCAAACAAGUUUUAUUACAAAUAAAUGAUGUUCGUCCUCAUGAUAUCGGUGAAUACGUUGUCAUAGCAACAAAUCCUGCAGGUGAAGAUUCUUCAGUUUGCUCAUUGAGUGUUCAACCAGAUAAACCAGGUGUUGAUGACAGAGCUUUUGUUCCCGAAGAUAAAUUUCGUAAUUUGGAACAUCCAGAAGGUAAAGGACGGCGACCAUUGGAAAUCGUACCUGGUGUUGAUACCCAACCAUUUGUUUCGCCUGAUAAAUUUCGUAAUUUGGAUCAUAUUCCAACUUCAAUGAAACCAGAAGAUGUACCACUUGAAGCAAGACGACCACCACGCGUUAUUACACCAUUGAGUAACUGUGAAUUAGAAGAACUUAUGCCUGUACUUCUCACAACUACCAUCGAUGCUGGUGUCCCAAUGGCAACAUUUACUUGGUAUAAAAAUGGUGAACCACUACUUGAAGGCAAUCGUUUCACUACUAAAUACGAUAUAUACCCGAAAACAUUAACAUUGCAAGUUCUUGCCGCUCGUCCUGAUGAUGACGGAACUUACACAGUUCGUGUAACCAAUCCUUCUGGUAGCGACGAAACAACAUGUAAACUUGCUAUUCGACCAGUAGCAUCGAUCGAUACUACACCAUUUGUGAAACCAGAACGAUUUGCACAAUUAGAACUCAAAGCUCCACUUCCAACGAGCGAAGAUUUACAACAAAUGGAACCACCCAAAGUCAUUGUGCCACUUCAGGAUGUACAAAUUAAUGAGGAAUCACCAGUUCUUCUUCAAGCAACUGUUAUUGGAAAACCAACACCUCACUUUAUCUGGUUGAAAGACGGUGCUCCACUGCCAGCAUCUAAUCGUCUACGUACUCGCUAUGAUAUCGGUACCAAACAAGUUUUAUUACAAAUAAAUGAUGCUCGCCCACAAGAUAUUGGUGAAUAUGUUGUAAUCGCAACUAAUCCUGUUGGUGAAGAUUCUUCAGUUUGUUCAUUAAAUGUGGUGCCAGAUAAACCGGGUGUAGAUGACCGAGCUUUUGUUCCACAAGAUAAAUUUCGCGAUUUGGAACAUCCAGAAGGUAAAGAUCGACGCCCAAUCACAAUCGUACCUGGUGUUGAUACUCAGCCAUUUGUUUCGCCUGAUAAAUUCCGUAGUUUGGAUCAUGUUCCAACUUCAAUGAAACCAGAAGAUACACCGCUUGAAGCAAAACGACCACCACGUGUACUCGUACCAUUGAGUAAUUGUGAGUUAGAAGAACUUAUGCCCGCUAUACUUACAACCACGAUUGAUGCUGGUGUUCCCAUGGCUACAUUUACAUGGUAUAAAAAUGGCCAGCCACUACUUGAAGGCAAUCGUUUCACUACUAAAUAUGAUAUUUAUACGAAGACAUUAACGUUACAAGUUCUUGCUGCAAGACCAGAUGAUCAAGGAACUUACACAGUCCGAGCAACAAAUCCUGUUGGUAGCGAUGAAACAACAUGUAAACUUGCUAUUCGACCAACACCUUCUAUUGAUACAACUCCAUUCAUACAGCCAGAAUUCUUCACACAACUUGAGCUCAAAGCACCACCCCUGACCAAAGAAGACUUCGAUCAAAUGGAACCUCCAAAAGUUAUUGUACCUUUACAAAGUCUACAAGUUACCGACGGAUCACCUGUUCUUCUUAAAGCAACUGUUAUUGGAAAGCCAACACCCCAUUUUAUCUGGUUGAAAGAUGGUGCUCCAUUGCCAGCCUCAAAUCGUCUGCGUACUCGUUAUGAUAUUGGUACCAAACAAGUUUUAUUACAAAUAAAUGAUGUUCGUCCUCAUGAUAUCGGUGAAUACGUUGUCAUAGCAACAAAUCCUGCAGGUGAAGAUUCAUCAGUUUGUUCAUUGAGCGUUGUACCAGAUAAGCCGGGUGUUGAUGACAGAGCUUUUGUUCCCGAAGAUAAAUUCCGCGAUUUGGAACAUCCAGAAGGUAAAAGACGGCGACCAUUGGAAAUCGUACCUGGUGUUGAUACCCAACCAUUUGUUUCACCUGAUAAAUUUCGUAAUUUGGAUCAUGUUCCAACUUCGAUCAAACCAGAAGAUAUACCACUAGAAGCAAGACGGCCGCCACGUGUUAUUGUGCCAUUGCGUAACUGUGAACUAGAAGAACUUAUGCCCGUUAUACUUACAACCACGAUUGAUGCUGGUGUUCCCAUGGCUGCAUUUACUUGGUACAAAGAUGGUCAACCACUGUAUGAAGGAAAUCGUUUUACUACUAAAUACGAUAUCUACACAAAGACAUUAACACUGCAAGUACUUGCUGCGCGACCAGACGACCAAGGAACAUAUACAGUUCGAGCCACAAAUCCUGUUGGUAGUGAUGAAACCACAUGUAAUCUAACUAUUCACCCAACAGCUUCAAUUGAUACACGACCAUUCAUACAGCCAGACCGUUUUGCACCACUAGAGGUCAAAGCACCACUACCAACAAAAGAAGACUUGGAUAAAAUGGAACCUCCAAAAGUGAUUGUACCUUUAGAGAAUUUACAAGUUCCCGAAGGAUCACCUGUCCUACUCAAGGCAACUAUUAUAGGAAAACCUACCCCUAAUUUUGUGUGGUUGAAAGAUGGUGCUCCAUUACCAGCAUCAAAUCGUCUACGUACCCGAUACGAUAUCGGUACCAAACAAGUUCUUCUACAAGUAAACGAUAUUCGUCCUCAAGAUAUUGGUGAAUACGUAGUCAUUGCAACCAAUCCAGCAGGCGAAGAUUCAACUAGAUGUUCUCUGAAUGUUGUACCAGACAAACCUGGUGUGGAUGAUCGAGCUUUUCUCCCAGAAGAUAAAUUUCGCGAUCUGGAACAUCCACAAGGUAAAGGACGACGUCCGAUCGCAAUUGUGCCUGGUGUUGAUACUCAACCAUUUGUUUCACCCGAUAAAUUCCGUAAUUUGGAUCAUGUACCAAGUUCGGUGAAACCAGAAGAAGUACCAAUUGAAGCAAUGCGUCCUCCACACGUGAUUGUACCAUUGAGUAACUGUGAGAUAGAAGAACUCAUGCCUGUGUUACUUACAACCACAAUUGAUGCUGGUGUCCCGAUGGCUUCAGUAAGCAUUCUGACUCCCUGUUGA